GCGGACACCUCCUGUUGCGACUCAGGACCCUUCAGAGCAACAUGGCGGCCACUGGCUCAAAGUCUGUUCUGUUCGUUUGUCUGGGGAAUAUAUGCCGAUCCCCCAUCGCUGAAGCAGUAUUCAGGAAAAUGGCAACAGAUGCUGGUGUCGUUGAUAAGUGGAGGAUAGACAGUGCUGCCACCUCCACCUAUGAGAUAGGAAAUCCACCAGACUACCGCGGUCAAGCCUGCAUGAAGAGGCAUGGUGUGCCCAUGAGGCAUGUGGCCAGGCAGGUGACCAAAGACGACUUCAUGUCCUUUGAGUACAUUCUCUGCAUGGAUGAGAGCAAUCUGAGUGACUUAAAAAGGAAAGGAAAUUCUGUGAAAAACCUCAAAGCAAAGAUUGAGCUGCUUGGUAUAUAUGACCCACAGAAGCAGCUGAUCAUCAGCGAUCCAUAUUAUGGCAGUGAUGAGGACUUUGAAAAGGUGUACGAACAGUGUGUACGUUGCUGCAAAGCGUUUCUAGAGGCCAACUCCUAACAACGUCCCACCUGAAAUAAUCUUUCCACAGUCUGUUGGUUGAACAUGAAUGCAAUCAAUCAAAUCUAUUUUUGCUGUGUCAUACAAGCACUUAUCACCAUGUACCUUGUUGUGAAAUAGGAUGUUAGUGUGUUCUACAAACCAAGAAUCCAUCACGUUUACUGUAAAUCCAGGUGAUAAAAUAAACACACAUUUAAGACUAA